GAAAAUAGAGAGAGAGGAAAAAAGCUGAGUAAAACCGUGCAGCCCUGAACUUCGACGCUUUCUUUCUCGCCUUUCAACCAAUCCGUUGAACGUCGUCGUAAGCUUCAUCUUCAUCUUCAUCAUCAUCACUUUCUUCUUUCUCUCACAGAUCCUUCCUUUUCUCCUUCAUCUUCCUUUUCCAUCAUCGCCCAGGAACACAUCCGAUCUGCAUCCUCUUCUUCGAUUCUCUCUCACAAUUAAUAUCUAGGGUUUCCGAGGACCCCCUCUAUUCAAAAAAGCAGAUUUUCUCUAUAAUCCCCCUUUGCUUUCAAGGGGUGUAAUUGGAUCUUGUAGCUGCUUUAUAAUGACCUCUAGCACGGCAGGAGAUCGAAGAUGGGGUACUACAAGAAGAAGUGGCAUGACUAUAUUGGGAAAGGUUGCUGUUCCAAAACCUAUUAACUUACCAAGCCAAAGGUUAGAAAACCAAGGCCUUGACCCAAAUGUAGAAAUUGUUCCAAAGGGGACCCUUAGUUGGGGCAGUAAAUCAUCACUGAAUGCAUGGGGGACAUCCUUGUCACCACAAACUGAAAGUGGCCCUGGUUCACCAAGCCACCUCAGUAAUCGACCUUCUUCUGGUGGAAGUGUCACUCGACCUUCAACUGCUGAUAGUAACAAAGCACAUGACUCUUCUUCCUCUGUUGCAUGGGAUUCAAACUCUCGGCCUUCAUCAGCAUCUGGGGUGUUUCCAUCUAAUCAGGCAUCAGUUGCACUACAGCGUCCACAUAGUGCAGACACAAGACCAGGAAGUUCCCAGUUAUCCCGAUUUGCUGAACCCGUGUCAGAGACUUCUGCAACAUGGGGUCAACAUGUGGCGGCAGAGAAGUUGGGAGUUGCUCCAUCAAAGAAUGAUGGGUUUUCUUUGACUUCUGGAGAUUUUCCUUCCCUUGGGGCUGAAAAGGAAACUUCUGAAAAGAGUACAAGGCCACAUGAUGCUGGACCUCACGCUCGUCCUCCAUCUUCGUCUGGAAGAUCUGUGGAAGGGCAAGGUGUAGAUUGCACAGAAGAAGCUAAUGAACGGAUUGGAGAGGCCAAUUCCUGGAGAAGAGAUAAUCAACCAUACAGUGAAGAUGCACCUAGACAUUGUAGAGAAGAAGGGCAAUUGGACUCACGUGGUUCACAGUCUUAUCAUAAUGCUAAUUUUCCUCCUCAGUAUGAUGCUUGGCGUGGUCCUCCAGUAAAUAAUCAUCAAGGUGGUGGCUGGUACGGAGGGAACCACCCGUAUGGUGCCCCAAUGGGUCCUGGGGGUUUUCACAUGGAUCCUUUUCCAUUUUAUCCUACGCAAGUUCCACCUUCUCCUGGACAUGGGGCUGGUCCUAGGGGUAAUCACGCCAAUAAUGAAAGAAUGUUCAGACCUCCAAUGCUUGACUCUUAUGUCCACCCAAGGAUGCAGACUAGGCCUGGGUUUUAUGUUGGUCCAGCACCACACGAUGGCUACUAUGGUCCUCCCAUGGGGUAUGGCAGUCCCAGCAACAGAGACCUGCCUUUUGCAGGUAGGCCUACUGGUCCGCAUGCUUAUAACAAUCAUUCUGGUCAAGGUGUAUAUGAUACGCCUGGAAGUUCAGUGUCAUUGGAACGGAACGAGUCAUCACAUUCUCAAGAAACACAAAGGCCAUACAAGGUUAUCCUAAAGCACCAAGAUGGGAGGUUUGGGGAAGAUAGAGCAAAGCGGGAAGAAUUUCUAGGAAAUAGGCUCCCGAAUGCAGAGAAGAUAGCUCAACAGAUGCAAACUUCAAGAAACGAGAGGAGAGAAAUCCGAAAUGAGGCAAGUGGUGAAGUACAACCAAUCAAAGCAGAACUUGCUGCCCAUGGAGAUCCUAGUUUGAUUCAGAAAAUCGAGGGCUUAAAUGCAAAAACUAGAACUAAUGAUGGUUGGCAAAAUACUUCAUCUGUCGUCAAUAGAGAUGAGCAGGAAAGCAAACCACGUACAGUCAAUUCUGGGAACUCUGUAAAUAAAGUUUCAGCAAAAAAUCCUCGAACUGGUCACGCAAGUGAUAGUAAGAACUUACACUAUAAUCAAGGUGAUUCUGCCACAAACAAAAAUGCUGAACUGGCAGCUAUGGGUGGAACUGCCAUAUUCAGGAGAUCUACUCAACAGACUCAAGGCAGAGCAGAUCCUCAGACCAAACGAAUAGUGAACAGUGAAGGCAAUGAUGCUUGGCAGAAGACAAACACAGAAAGCUUUCACGAGGUUAAUGUGGAUGACUCUUUGGAUACCGAUUCCAUCAGGAGGCCUGGGUCUGGAAUAUCAGCAGACCCAAACGACAACCAGCGUUCUACGAUGAGAGAGUUAGCCAGGCAGCGUGCUCAACAGAGGCAAAAAGAGGAGGAAGAAAGAGCAAGAGAUCAGCGAGCUAAGGCUCUCGCAAAACUAGAAGAGUUGAAUAGACGUUCCCAAGUAUCUGAGGAGGGUUCAGUUAAGAAUAAUGCUUCUCCCCCUGACAUGCCAGAAGAUCCUGGGUCUCAUUCAUCCGCUCUUGAGAUGAAGAACACUGUUGCAGUUGCAAAUUCCGUAGAACCUACUGGAGGAUCAGGAAAAAACACAAUGCAAAAUACGAAGACUUCAACAGAAUAUGCAAAUAACGUAGGCCCUACCCAACAGGAUAAUCUUCCACGUGAUCAUGAUGGCGGUGGCUCAAAACAAAAGCGCUUGGGUUAUAAGCAGAAGCAGCAAAAUAUAAUAUUUGAGAAAAAAACGACAGGGAGCUCUGUUGCUACUACAGAGGUGUUUGAUGUUGUUCCAUCUCCUGUGGUUGUUAAUGAAGGUGUCUCAAGCCAUAACUCAGACAUGCAAGCAACGUCAAGCGUUUCAGCUGAGUCAACUUUCCCGAAAAGAAAAAAUAACAGGAAUGGCAAGAAAAAGCACAAGGCUGAGGAGACAGCAACGAUGAAUACGACAAGAGUUGCCGUUGGAAAAGAAACAAAAUCGGGAGAUGAGUCAAUUGAGACUGGUAGGGCAAGGGCAGCUGCAAUGGAGUCGGGGUCUGUUUCAGUUCCAAGCCUGGAUAUCAAAGUGUCUGGUGAUUCGUCUGAACAAAUCAGUUCCUUCACUAAUGAAGAGUCUCAAAACAGGGGAAAAAACAACUGGAAAUCUCAACAUUUGCGUAGGACUCAAAGAAACUCACUGGUAAAUAAGCCUGGCGAGAAAUUUUCUGGCAACAAUGCUGUUAUAUGGGCUCCAGUACAUCCACAGCAAAAAGCUGAUGUUUCCACAGGUGGAGGGAGUCAGACUACUGUCCCUGAGUUUGGCACCUCUUCAAAGAGUCACCAUCAUGGACAGACUAGUUCUAAAAGCAAAAGAGUGGAGAUUGAAAGAUAUGUACCGAAGCCCAUAGUAAAAGAAAUGGCUGAGCAAAUCGUCAGUAAAAAUCUAGGAAACUCUGCUCCAGAUAUGUCGGAGAAUGUAAACAAGAAAGAAAAUCGUGGAGGUGAGGGUACAGGAGUUCUCGAACCUUCUGGUUCAACUGCAGGAAACUCUGGGUCUCCUUCAAAGUCAAGACACGGGAAUGGUCGGCAGGGAAAGCAUGGUAGAGAACAUGGAUCAUGGCACCAGAGAGGUUCUGGAGCACAUACUAAACCUUUGGAGGAUGGACAAUAUGUAACCUCAAAUCAGCCCAUUCGAGGAACAGUUAACUAUCACUCUAGUAACCAAACCGAACAAAUUACUGCCAAGGAUCAAACCACAUGUAAUAAGGAUGGAUGGAACGAUGGCUGGUAUAUGACUCCUGAAACGCAUUACUCUGCUGCUGAAGAAAUGGAAUCCAGUGCUGUUGGAAAAGAUCAAGGAAUGAGCAUGCACGGCAAGCAGCAUGCUUCCAGAAGCAACAAGGAUGGAGGAAGCAACUAUGGUGACCCUAAAAAAGCCAAUAAGAGGGAUUUCAAUAAAGCUCAUAUGCAGCACUCUGGCCAUGGGUUUAACCAACCAGAUUUGCCUGCUGCUUCAAAAGAAAGUCGUGUCCCUGGAGAUCAUGUGUGGCAUACAGCUAAUAGGACAGGUAAGUAUGGUGGUCGUGAAAGUACGAGGGACAAACCUUAUGGAUCUCAGAAAAAAGAUGUUGCUGGAUACGAGCAUCAAGGGUUUACUACAGAACAGAAAACGACAUCUGCUGAUACGCAAGCCCAGUCGCAAAACCGAUCUUCCAAUAAUGAGGUCCAGGUUGAGCAAAAUCCGAAUAGUAUGUUCCAAAAGAACACAGGGCAAGGUCGACGGUUUGGAAGAGGGCAGGAGUCACAAGGAGGUUGGGGUUUACCAGCGCAAGAAAAUCUGCACCAUCACCAUCAGAGGCCACCUUCAAACAGAGAUAGACAGAAGCAAAAUAUGCAUUAUGAAUACAAACCUGUUGGGUCACAUAAUUAUGAUGGAGAACGUAGUGGAGAACAAUCGAAAGAGAGUUCUCAGACAGAAGGUCCAAGAUACAGAGAGAAGGGACAGGGGCAGCAAAGGCAGGGUGGAUACCAACAGCAAAGGGGUAAUAGUGGGAGAAACACUGGUCAUGGAUUCACAGGUGAGAGAAACUAAGAUUGGCCUCUUAUCGUUAUUAGGUAGUUAAGAGCUGCGAUGCUGAGGAUAAUUGCAUUUUGAGAUAUGGCGAUUGAGGAAGCUAAUUCGUAGGCACAUAGCUUUGGGGGAUUGCUGAGAGCAGGCCUAUCCGAGGAGGUAUUGGCAGAUUAAAAAAAAAAGUCUUUGCUCGUGAGAGUUUAUUAUUAUAUGUUUCAGUCACUUGUUUGAAUAUGCGCUUAUCUCUACUGUAGCCUUUUGUAUACAUUUGCUGGCAAUUGGACUGACCUUGUUUCGUUAAGCCGUUGCUUUUUAUUGCUUCGUUCGUUUUUCCUAUGAAUUCUUCUCAGAUUGGGGAACCAUCUUACAUGACUAGCUUACUUUAAUUGCAUAUGUUUUUGUUGAGAA